CGACCCGGAUUAAUGGCAUCGCUCAUUAUCAGUUUGCCAUCGUUUAUUUCAAUUACACAGUGGAAAUUGAACUUCAUCUGAUCACAUAACUGAUAACAUAUUCAACAGAUGUUUUGGAAUUAGUCUGCCAGUUCAUUAAUACCGGGUAUAUCUGUAUCAACACACUUCAAGCGAGCCUGGGGUGUUGACAACAUCAAAAUGGAAUAUUGACGUCACGCAGAGAACUGGGAUCACUGUUCAGCUGGCAAAACCUUGACUUCUGACUCUAUCAGCACUGCAAUAAAAAGAUCAAAGAUUCAUACUCAAAAUAAGAUAAAUCUGACCAUAAAAUAGAUAGAAAACCGAUUGCUUCAUUUGAUUAAGGUUGAUACGAAAUGAACAUAAAAACAAGUUGACCCUCUUGAGAAAGAGAAGAAUCAAUGAUCUUGGCUCUAAUCAAGGAUCUCUGAACAACCGUAAGUGGUCAUUAGAUUUGGCGAUUGCCAGCGAAGAACUUUUGGCAGGUGUUACCUCAGAUGAGGUAGAUAAACUUAUUGGAAUUAAGGAACUAUAAGCUUCUCAUUUGCGUGCAUGAUCAGCUUUAAUAUUGGAUUCUAGUUCAACUUGAACAUUCCCUGGUUGUAUAUCUAUAGAUUUUCUAUAUAAGUGAAAUACGGUGAUCGUGUGAAGUGGGGAUAUAGCUAAACACCAUUGAUCUCAUUCAUGGAAGAAUAUUAAUUUACAUUUAGACACCAAAGGAAGUGAAUUAGAUAUUCCCAGGCUUGAGAUUCUUCAAACACAAACGCGUAGGAAUGAGAUUUUAAUUGGACGUCUUCUAUUCCCAAGAGAAACCUGCAGUGUUGUUUUACAUGGCUUCGCCCGUGUAAACGUUUCAGAGAAAUCACUCAUAUUAAAAUCUCAUAUUUUACUUAUUGGAUGGAAGUUUAAAAGCUUGGAUAAAUAGCAGUUACAUUUUUGUGGAAGGAAUUAAUUGAGUGUAAAUAAGAGUCAUAAUUAAUCAGAAGGUGAAUGAAAAAUAGAUAUAUUGAUUAAUAAUGUAAAAACAACCACCAGGCGUUAGUUAUUCAAUACAGAAAAUGUGGAUGUGCUAACACCAAUAAUUGAACUCAGUUUUCAACGCAUUUCGGCAAUGGCGGACGAAAAUACGCGCCACAGACUAGUUAUUCUUGGUUCUGGUAGAGUGGGUAAGACAUCAAUUAUAACACGCUUUGUGAACUCUGAAUACUCGGACACGUACAAGGAAACGGUCGAGGAUCUUUACUGCCGAGAGUUUGACAUCAAAGGACAAACCUUAAAAGUUGAUAUUUUAGACACAGCUGGGAAUUUGACAUUUCCCGCCAUGAGAAGAUUAUCAGUGUCAACGGCGCAUGCGUUUCUCUUAGUAUACGCAGUGGACAAUGCUGGUUCCCUAGAGGAAAUAAAACAAAUACGGGAGCAAAUCAAAGAACAAAGAGAUAACUAUGAAAGUAUCCCAUGUGUUGUUGUAGGCAACAAGUCUGACCUAGAGGACGAUGCCAGACAGGUGAACAAAGACGAUGUUGUUGAGUGGGCUGUUAAGGAACAGCUGGAAAAUGUUCUGUUUGAAAUUUCAGCCAAGGAAAACUAUGGCAUAAAGGAGAUCUUUAAGAAACUAUUGGACCAGGCUAAAAUGAUGAAUAUUAUUCCAGUUCCGGAGACAAUAUUAAACGAUGCCGAAUCUAACUCCCUCAUUCGUAGACUGAGUGGACAUACACAUAGAAAAAACUCUGAUAAAGCCCCGAAUGGCGAGAGCAAGAUGAUGAGCAAGAGCAGGAGCCUUAUAAGGAGAACGAGUAAACCUAAAGUGAAGAGCAGUCGCGAUCCGACUAAAAAUGACUGUAUACUGUCAUAACCAAUCAUUCCAGAUUUGCUCAUGCGUUUGGUAUUCUACCCAGAAGAAGAUAUUUCCAAAACUUUCAAUAUCGAUCAUCAAGGUCACUUGGUAGACAUGAUAAGUCACAUGACGUGUUACGUGUCACAUGAUCGAGUUUUAUGUAGAAUCAAUAUGUCAGUUUUUAUUUUCAUUUCUCUGAUAUAACAGUUUUGAUCAUCAUGGUUUAACUUUGUUUGAUCUGCUUUUACAUAUAUUUCAAAAUCGGAAUACAGCCUCCUAUAGGUCACGGCCACUGAUGAAAUGUUGGAUAGAGAUUCAAGUCCACAAAUAUCAGUUUCUGUUUGAAAACGUGAAAUAUUCGUCAAUUUAGAAAGCUUCUACUGUUAUUGUGGAUGUGUGUCUAGCUGAAUAGCCCAGAUACGAGGCUAUUAAGAAUUUACAAGAGUAUUAUUAGAUAAUACCCCCACUUCCAAUUACCCAAUCGACUUUGACACAGAACGAAAUGCUAAACUGACCAAUUUCUGUCAUAUU